AUGGCCGAACGUUUGAUUCGAGUUAAAUGGGGCUCUCGCGCAGUGGGGUUCCGCCGCGACGACGUCGAGUCCGUCAUUGCGAAGGCAAAGAAGCACUUCAAGCUACCUCCGCAGGAGUCGUACGCGCUAUCUGGUAACAUCAACGGCGUCCAGAUGGAAUUAUCCGACGACAUCAUGAGUCUCUUGCCUCCCGGGGAGGUUGUCCUACUUGAGAAGCUCGAGUGUGAAUCCGAUGGACCUCCUUUAAAUGGGGAAACUUUCACAAUCCGCAACGUUUCGUCUGUUGACGAUGUCAAGACGCGCCUUCAGGAGAAAGAAGGCCUUUCAUCUGACAUAAGGCUGAUGUAUUUCGGCAAUCGACUCGCAGAGGGACAUCCACUGUCAUUCUAUGGCAUAGAAAAAGACUCCACCCUUGAUUUGGUCCCCAAUCUAUUGGGCGGAAAGCCUGUCAUUUACCUUUUACCCCCAAACCCCCUGCCGGUCGUCGACGUCUCCGUUCUCCUCGUCCCUCAAUGGCGCUUUUCCCACAUUUAUCCCCUCGCAAACAUCAAACCCAUCGCAGACUCCGGAAAAGAAUGCGUCGCCUGGUCCGUCUCUGCCCAUCCCGACGGCACUCUCGUCGAGCUCUCCUCCGGCCUGGAACUCUCCUACCUCUUCUGGGAGGCCGAGUCGCGCCAUGUCCCCUCCUCCCCACCCCCCAGCCCGAGGCUCGCCGCCAUCGAGCACUUCGACCCCGCCGCCCCCACGCUCGACCCGACCUCGCCCACCGCGGUCUGCCUCCCCUUCGCCGCCCUCCUUCCCUACCUCGACAACGCGCUCAAGCGGCUCACGCUGCACGUCGCGGCGCGCAACGACUUCAUCACCUACUGGCUCCCGAAGCUCUCGAAGGCGCCGUUCGUCGCGCUGCGCUUCCUCCCGCAGGCGGCGUACGCGCGCGCGGCGGAGCUGCGCGUCGAGCCCGCGCCGGACGUCGUCACGCGCGUGUUCAUGCUCUUCCGCGGUGUCUCGGAGGCGGAGGCGGAGGCGGGCGAGUGGGCGGCGGCGCGUGCGCGUGCGGUGGACGGGGGCGUGGACUGGGCGGAGGUGGUCGGGGUGCGGCCCGAGGCGACUGACGCGGGCGUGUUCAGGGUGCUGGAGUGGGGUGCGAUGGAGGUCCUGUGA